AUGACGCACUCCGACUCGGGGUUACACAAGAAUCCUUCAAUGAGGUGUGAAGCUUCACCAAGUAACUUUGGAUCUGAAUUUGAAGAUGGAAUGUCGCAUGGAGUACAAUCCUGUGAUGCCCCUGAUAGGGGAAUGUAUACAACUUCGUAUUGUCCCAUCAAGGAUACCAUUAUGAUGCACAAGUCGUCAUCACAAGCGUCAUCACAAGUGCCAUCACAAGUGCCAUCACAAGUGCCAUCACAAGUGCCAUCACAAGCGUCAUCACAAGCUUCAUCACAAGUGCCAUCACAAGCGUCCUCCUCGUGUUGCUCCACAAAUUCGGCUCCCUGCUCCCCUACUUCACCAUUGAUUCUAUCGAGUGAGGGGAGAGAAAAUAAGGUACAUUGUUCCAACAGCAUGACAAAGUUGAAGUUGGAAAAUCGCCAUUUCACCAACAAGGCAGACAUUAAGCCAUGGUUACAGAGAAACCUGGCCUCCAUGGGGAUCCAUAUUGUAAUUGAGAGAUCAGAUGAUACAAAGAUUGUCUUCAAAUGCAAGUAUUCGGACAAGAAGCCACUGGAGAAAAAUAACUGCAAAUCCCAUGAGAGAGCAGCUAGGCAGCGGAAAAAGAAGGUUUGCCCCUUUAGAAUCAGGGCCAACUAUUCCAUUCGAUCCAAACACUGGACAUUGGUUAUAGUCAAUGAUUCUCAUAAUCACCCUAUUUCCAGUUUGGACGUCAAUAUAGCUGAUAUUAAGUCCAAAUUGUCGAUAAUUGACCAGAAAAAAUCAAAUCAUCGGGUUACUAAGCCGAAAAGUUUGAAACAUAAAGACCAUUUGCCAGUACCUCGAGCCUUUGCCAUUGACCCCUCAAAUGCUUUAUCGUCAACUUCUCUGACUUGCAAACCCUAUCAUAAUAGUCUCAUACCUUCAAUAUUAAAUGAAAAUACACAUGUAAAGGUUAAACUCCCUCCCAUCUCAUUGCCAGAUAACUCAUUGAAUAACCAAGUUAGACAAAUUGAAGAUACUUUGAAAACCUUCCAACAGGUUGGUAAUAUACCCAAUGUUUCAAAAGAAAAAAUCUUAAAGGAUGUCUGGUGCGUCUUGAAUAAAUCAAUCAAUGAAAUCACCGACUCCAAUUCAGGGAGCUUUCCUCUACCAUUACCCCUACCGUUACCACACCAAAAAAUGGGCAGAGUAUCUCAAAGACAAUCUUUCCAAUUGUUCAAUACUAAUAACAACAUUGAGAAUAAUGUUAUUAAUGGCAAUCUCGAAAAUAGCAACACUAGCAGCCGAAGCAGCAGCAACAGUAUCAACGACAUCAACGACAUCAACGACAUCAACGACAUCAACUUGGCUAGUAAUAACAUGUACUUGAAUAACUAUGCUAAAAGCAAUACCUUUACAUCUCCACAUUUCAAGGUUCCAAGAUACCAAUUUUCAAAUGCAUCUCUUGGACCACUGAUAAAAUCCGCCCAUGAUCGAAACAUCAGUUUGCCAAGUAUCCGAAACCUAGACUCAGGCGCCUAG